AUGUCGUCUCUGGUACGCACGCGGUCACUGCGCAAACCCGCCGGCCCCACGGCUCUGCAUCCCCCCCGCGAACGCCCCGGCGAUCCGAGCCCCGAUCCCAAUCGCAACGCCUCGCCUAGCCGCCUCCCCACGAAGCCAACCUCGCGGCCGACGAGUUCCGCCAGGACGACAGCAACAACAACGACGACGGGACUCGCAAGGUCGGCGAGCGUGCGCUUGAACAGGCCAGGAAGCUCGUCGUCCAAUACGUCGUCCUCCGCCGCAGCGGCGCCGACAAUUCCUAAGCGGUCCGUCUCGCUGGGCAAGAAGACCGCUCCCGCCAGCAAUGCCCAGGGUGCCACUGCGGUGCCGCCCGCAAGGAAGGACACGCGCAGGUAUCCGCCGCUGUCCUCGGUGACGCGGCCAUCCUCGAUGGUCUUGAGGCCCACGUCGGCGGGCUCAGCGGCAUCAGCACCCACGGCGAACAGACGCACGACGCCGACGCACGCGCGUGCCAACAGCACUGCAGCGUUGGGCACAAUACCCGCGUCCAGCACAUCACGACGGCCCACGACGCAACCAGCAGCCGCUUUGCAAGACCGGAAAAGCAGGUCUCGGCCGCCGUCGCGUGACUCGGCAUCAUCAGCAGCACCCGCCGCUCCAGGCACGCCCAGGCAACGUACCGUGCCCGCCGACAAGCAGGCCCCGCCCACCACACCAGCAGCUGCCACCGACAAGACGCCGCGACUACGAGCAUUCAACCCUCUGCAGCAGCGCUUGUCCCCCGGCAAGCCGAGCUCACCCCGGCCACCAUCGCCGUUCAAGCCCCCAGCCGCGGUCGCCGCCGCCGCCGAGACAGCGCGCCAGCAGGCCGCGCUGCUACAACUACACCUACUGCACCGCGACGCCGACCUAGUCGUGGCGCAGUGGCACGCCAGCGCCAAGGUCAAGCUUGGUGCGCGCUUCCGCGGGCUGCGCGACGCCCACAGCGCGCUGGCGGAGCGCGAGGCCGCGGCCGUCGAGGCCGACAACGUCGAGGCGCUGCAGCGCUGGGCCGCCGGCGGCGGCGCCAGAGGGUGUCCGCCCUUGGACGAGAGAGUGCGGGCACUGGACGCUGCGAUGAGCGGCGUCUGGGCGAUGAGCGAGCCCGGCGGCAAGUACGCGCGUGCGGUGCGACGCUUCGAACGCUGGUUCGAGCGUGUCAUGGAUCUGGAGGAGGCGCGGGACAGCGGCACCAUCGGUCUCUUGGUGGGCGGCGGCCGUCACCACGGUAGCAUCGGUGGCAGCGGCGGUGUGGAGGAGGCGCUCUUCGUGCCGGAGAUGGACCCGGCGUGGGCGGAGGACUGCGCGAGCAUGGCCCGCAAGCUCGAGGGCUGGCAGUGCCAGCUAGAUGACGCGGGUGGCGACGACGACCUUCGUUUAGUCGACAGCGACGGCAAGACGACGACGACGACGCUGGGAAGGAUGCUGGAUGGCGCGCGCAGCCUCGUCGCGGGCAUGCUGGCGGAGCUGGCGGCCAUGGAGGAGAUUCGGCAGGCGGCGCUGGCGCGCGAGGAGGACUGGAUCGAGGCCAUGAACAGGGACGACGACGAGGAUGACAUGAGCCGGCGAGCUGGGGCAGUCUGGCGGGCUCUGUGA